CUGUACAUAUAAAUAUUGCAAAAAGCAAAAAUUCGACUGCAGUUUCGGCGUAUGCUGUAUCUCGUUAAGUUGUUGACAUAUUAGAGAUUUACGUUCGAAAAAUGAAAGCAAAGGAGUGUCUACUUUUGCUAUUUGACCGGCCUAAAGAAUCGCUGUCUAUACCGAAGGGCCCUGAUGGCGUUAGGUUUAUUGUCCCUAAAGAGUAUUUGAAAGAAGAAUUCCAAAAUCUUGUAGACGAACAUCAGCCAAGAUGGCAAUUCACACCUAACAUUGCAAGGUUAAGCAUUACUCCAAGAACCGAUUUCACAGCAUCUGAAGAUGAUGAUAGACCUCAGCACGAUAAAAAGACUGUUCGUGUUAAAUACAUUCCUUUGCCUUCCUUAGCUGAAGUAACUGAAAUAGGGAAAAACGAAAAUUUUUCCUUAUUUAUCCCGAAGCACCAAAGGAUAGCCGCAAAGCUAAUAUCGUUAUUUAUGGAAAUGAAGGAUUGCGAUGAACUGCUGUCGUUGGCCUGUUGCGCUCGAGAACGUGUCAAUCCUCUUCUUUUUCACUAUGCGUUAUCUGUAGCUUUAUUACAUCGGACUGAUACUAGAGAUUUAGAUUUGCCAUCUGUAGUAUUUUCAUUCCCGGAUAGAUACAUUGACAGUACAGUUUUUGCCAGAGUUCCAGAAGUUACUGUUUUACCAGAGAAUAAAAGGGCUCCGAUUAUCAUACCUAUGAAUUAUACGGCAUCCAAUUUGGAGGAUGAACAUCGUAUAGCAUAUUUCAGAGAAGAUAUCGGAGUAAAUCUUCAUCACUGGCACUGGCAUUUGGUAUACCCAAUGGAGGGAAAAAUUGACGUUGUUAAGAAGGAUCGCAGAGGGGAACUCUUUUACUAUAUGCACCAACAGAUUAUGGCAAGGUAUAAUUUUGAACGUCUUUGCAACGGAUUGAAGCGAGUGGAAAAAUUUACCAAUUUUAAUGACCCGAUAUUGGAAGCCUAUUAUCCGAAACUAAAUAGCAUGGUUGCCAACCGAAAUUAUCCUGCUAGAGUAUCGAACAUGCGUUGGCAGAACUUACAGCGAGACCUUGAAGAAGUCUUUGUGGAUGUAGAACAGAUGGAACGUUGGAGACAUAGAAUAUAUAACGCUAUUCAUAGGGGAUACGCUAGAGAUAAAAAGCGCGACCCGGUAGAACUAACAGAAAACGAUGGCAUCGACAUUUUGGGUAACAUGGUAGAAUCCAGUAUUCUUUCUCCAGAUAGAGAUUUUUAUGGUGAUUUCCAUAAUAUGGGUCAUAAUUUCGCUGCCUACAUUCACGAUCCUGAUUUCAGACACCUGGAGUACUCUGCCGUUAUGGGCGAUACUUCGACUGCUAUGCGAGAUCCAUUUUUCUACCGCUGGCAUGCAACUAUCGAUGACAUAUUCCAAAAUCAUAAGGACAUGUUGCCUGGUUAUACUGAAAAGCAAUUAGGUUUUGAGAACGUUAUUGUCCAAGACAUCAAAGUUCAAACGCAAGGUGCUCCUGUUAACACGCUUCAGACGCAUUGGCAACAGUCCCAAAUAGACCUCUCAAGAGGCCUGGACUUCCAACCUCGUGGAGCUGUUCUUGUAAAGUUCACACAUCUGCAACACAAACCAUUUUCCUAUGAGAUCACUGUCAAUAAUGCCAACUACUGUCCCACUGUUGGCACUUGUAGAAUAUUCAUGGCUCCCAAAUUCGACGAAAAAGGCAAACCAUGGACUUUUAAACAUCAGAAGAAUAUGUUUAUUGAGUUGGACAAGUUUACAGUAAAACUGAAAUCCGGACAGAACUCAAUAUCCAGAAAAUCGAGCGAAUCUUCAGUGACGAUUCCAUUUGGAAGAACUUUCCGAGAUUUGGAUAAAAAUAGACCAGAUAAAACUGAUGUCAAAGCAACGACUAAAUUCGAUUUUUGUGGAUGUGGUUGGCCAGAAAAUAUGUUGAUACCAAAAGGAAAUGAACGGUUUGAAGCAGAAUUAUUCGUUAUGAUUUCUGACUAUUCUGAUGAUAAAGUUCAGAAUAGCGUUACUGGAAAAUCCUGUGAUGCCGGAAGUUAUUGCGGCCUUAGGGAUAACCAGUAUCCUGAUCGUCGGUCUAUGGGUUAUCCAUUUGAUAGGCAACCUAGAGUACCUGAAGAACCUACGAAACGUAUUAAAACUCUUCAAGAGUUUCUUACACCGAAUAUGAAAGUCACAGACGUGUUUAUUCAGUUUAAUAACCAAAUAGAUGCAGCACCUAAAGUUAAUGAAAACGUCGAUAACAGUGAGAUAGAACAUCCAGUUGAUGUCGACAACAAUGAUGUAGAUGAAGGUAAACGAAAAGAACGAAAGGACCGAAAAGAACGAAAGGACCGAAAAGAACGAACGGACCGAAAAGAACGAAAGGAACGAAAGGAACGAAAAGAUCGAAAGGAACAAAAGGAACGAAAGGAACGAAAGAAAAGAAAGGAACGAAAACGAAAUUAUAGCUUCGACAGCUCCGAUAGCUCCAGUAGCGACGAAGAUGACAGCUCUGGAUCAUCCUCUUCUUCAGAAGAGUCAAGAGUUUCAGAACCACCUUUCGAUCCCUACGCACUUCCUACCGAUGAGCCUUUAGAACCUUCACCUAAAAUAGAAGAAGAACCGGUAUAUACCUUUGCAGCAACUUAACCAAGUAUGAGGAUCAGGAAUGGAAUUAUUUUGUUUACUCUUUGCGAAGGGAUUCAUUAAUAAUUAUUCAGAUUUCUUUUUUAUUUUUAACUGCUUAUUUUGUAUUUACUAUGUAGGUACUGUGCAUAACUUACCUUGUAGGCUUUGGGCAAACUUUGUAUUACUUUUGGUAAUAAAUUUAAAUAUUGCUUUA